GUUAUCUCUUUUGGGCAUCUAACAACACAAGCAGCCGUGCGUACCACCCAUCAUUUUCCUUCCGGGUUUCCUAUAUGCUGCUGUUAGUCACUAUUUGUUCUCUAUAUUAAGUAUCCAGCUACGGCGCUGACAAUUGACGGCUUCACAAGCAGCAGUGCCGCCGCCCAAGCAUCCCACAUCCAACAAGCGCUGGCAUGAGCCUCCCAACACCCGCCAGCAGUGCGCUGGAGCUCCCUGACGAUGUGGAAUUCCAGCUGGGGGAAUUCAAGCGGCUGCUUUCAGAGCUCCAAAAGGCUCUGCAAGCAACCCACGCCAUGGUGCCAGGCCCCGCGGACCUGUCAGCCGUUGCAGAGCCCUUGGAGCGCGCCCGGCUUUGCAUGGCCCUGGCCAAGACAGUGAACUCACUCCACCACGUUUACCUCAGGGCCCACGGCCGGGACCCUUUCGCGCCGUCCUCUGGCGGCGCCUCCUCCACCAUCUCUGUGGGCCGACAGGAGCUGGAUCGCAUACGGCAGUACGACAAGAAGUUGACGCGUGCCGUACAAGACGCCGAGGUUCGCGCCUCCCGACCCGUGCUGAGCCUCAAUGUGGCCGCUGCCUCUCGCUUCAUCGACGCCGCCAUCCCUGACCUUACAGAGGAGCAGCGAGGGGCGCUCAAAAGAGCGGCGCAGGCGGCGGAUGCGAAGCGCGGCGGCAAGGGCGGCAACAAGAAGCCGAGAAGCGGACCAGGCGGAGCAGGGGCAGCAGGCGGAGGAGCGAGCGGGGGCACUGCUGCUCCGGCGGCAGCGGCGACUGCGGCUCCGAAACCUAAACGCAAGGCGGCGGCGACAGUGGAGGUCGAGGCGGAGAGGGAUGCUGUUGAGAAAGGUGGCAACAACCGUCUUGAAGGAGGGCCGGAGGACUCGGAGGCAGCAGUAGCAGCAGCAGGCAGGGAAGGGGAAGGGGCUGCAGGAGAGGGGGGAGAAGGGGGAUCAGGAGGGGCCCGGGCGGCGGCGCAGCAGUUCUUGGCGUCCUUUGCGGCUGCGCAGGGGUUGUGAUGGGUCAGGUGGAGACCAGAAACCGAGUCAAGACGCAAGUUAGGGCAGGAGUUGUAAUGCAAUUGGAGUGAAAGAGGCGAUGCGAGACGGGGGACAUGGCGGUAGGGGCGUUGGGGAG